AUGUACGGCUUCAGUUUUGGGAAACCAUUGGGAUUAUGCGGCACAGGUGACGCAUUGGAAGCUAGAAGAACGUGCAAGGAUUUCUGCAGUGCGUUGAAGAAGAUCCUAGAGGAGGAAUCCGCACUUAUUCAACUAAUCAAGCAAAUCGAUGAAUUCAUUUGGAAGAUAAGAGAGAAUUUCUCUUACACCCUCCUCGCCCUCUGGUCGCUCUCGCUCCUGUACCUGCUGCACAUCGCCGUCGAUGCCAGGGGAAAAGCGUUGGAUGAUAUUGAGGAGAGGCAGAAGACACUUAAGGAUCUUCAAGGUAAGCUUGAAGGUUUUAUUGGAAAAGAAAAUGAUAAAAGUAAUAAUCCUGCAAAACAACUUCUUGAAAAUCUCACUGGCGGUUUAGAAAAGUUUUUAGGCUUUAAUCCUGACUCCAAAGGCUACUCGGGCACUGGCAUCGUGUACUCGGACCUUGACAGGCUGUGUGACGGGGUGAUGUCUUUCCUUCAUGGAGUUUUACAUAACAUCAAGCCUAAAUUAGGCUUACAUAAUCAUCGUAUUACUGAAGCUAUAAGGCUUCUUAACACCCAUAAACACUCUGGUAAAGAGGGUUUUAAUGCUGCGAUUGGCAAGGUGGUGUCGGGGGUGAGGGAGUAUAAUGAGGGUGUGAGGGAGUCGAACAAUGCAAUAAGUUCGGUGAUUAGAAAGUUCAAUGAAUACAUGAAACAGGUACCUGCGGCUGUCAAAAGUAUGCAAGAUUAUAAUAGUGUCAAUCAAAUUGAUGAGAAGGUGAGUGAAUGUCUCAUGGAGGCGCAGCAGUACUAUCACGGCAUGGACGCUCAAAAAAGUAGUAAUAUUAAAGACCUCCAAAAUGAAUUGGAGAAAGAUGUUAACAAUGCUACUGAAUUAAUUAGAUAUCAGCGUGGGAGGUUGAGUGCGAUUUGGACGUAUCAGCAGAAGUACAGAAAGGCUGUGGAACAUGGUGUCACACAGGCGCUUGGGGAGGCUAAAGGGCAGAUAAAUUCCACGGCUGCGCAGAGAAUUAGAAUAUUCGUUAGUGAAGUGAAUAGGCGAAUUGGAGAGUUGAAACAGAGGGUUGAGACAGUGGAUGGGUGGCUUAAGCAUUACAUUGAGGUAUUGGAUUCGUGCAUUGACAAGGCGGAUGCCGCCGUGGAAAGAGCAUUGGGAAAGGUUAUGGAUAUUUUCAAUGAGGCUAAAGGUAUAUCUAAGACUAGAAAUAGAGAAAAACUUGAACAAGCCGUGAAUGAAUUAAAAGAGAAAGCGUUGGCUUUGUAUGAAGCGUAUGAGACAGCGGAAGGUAAGUUAGGCCCAUUGGUUCAGAGAAUUAACAAAGCAGUUCAGGGUUUGGAUGCUGAAAUUGUUAAGGGGGUGAAACAAUUAAAAAUUGGUAUUGACGGUGCCAUUCGGGGGUAUGUUGAAGAUAUGGUUGGUGCUGUGAUUGAGGCGGCGGGAGAAACGAAGCUGAGUGGUAGUGGUAUUACCGGAGGUGUUGAUGCAUUGAAGAAAGAUACUAAGCUCAGUGAUGGAUUGAAGGCAUUACUACAGUCACCAGGUGCAAACAAUGAACUUAUUACAUCUUUAGAAUAUGCACUUUUCGGUCUUAAAUAUCCUGGCGGUUCUGCAAUCACGAGUGAACCAGAUCCAGAAAAGCUCAUCACCGCGCUGUCUGAAGAUAUCAAAGGAAAGGUUGCAGGGUCGAUUAAUGGGUACCUUCAAACUGGUGACGUACUAAAAAAAAAGAUGCCGACCUAUUCUACUCAUAUAGAAUCAACUAUUACACCAGCAAUUAGUAAUCUUAGCGCGCAAGUUCUACAACCCAUUAAAGAUGCCGUUUCAUCACACAGUGCAGAUAGAUCGCAUAUCACGUCCGUGUCUGGCAAGAUUACCGGCACUCACCUCGAAGCCUUUUGCACCGCUAUCAUCAAGGAUGCUUCACAAGGUGGGGAAAGUGCGAAUAAUAUAUUGGCGGAAUUGAAGAACAAAUUGGUAUCAAAAUAUAACGCAGCGGAAAAAGGUAGCCUCAAAGAACUUCAUAGCCAACUCGGUGAGUUGCAGAACCAAAAAUUGCAUCCUUUGAUUAAAGAAGUCGAAGAGAUUAUUCGAUAUGCCGAAGAACAUUGCGAGCUUAUGAUAACCGAACUCUCCGAUCACGUUCAGCAAAGAAUUCAACAAGCCGAAAACAGUAUUCUGGAAAACGUUCGGACAACAUACGUCACCUUCAUUAAGUUACAGGUUGAAGAGUUUGCUGCGAAAGUAACUAAGGAACUUUCACCGCUCCCUACACAAAUCACCGACGAGGAGAAUAAAUCCUACAAGGGGUUCAUGAAACAACUUCAUAAAUUUUCAACAUCUAGUAAAUUAAGUGAGACACUCCGUGAAACUACCACUCUUCAUGUCUGUUUAAUUGUCCAUGCUUUCUUCAACACUUUCAUUGACACACUGAACAAUAGUAGGGAAAUCAUGCCCGUCACUUACCUCUCCGACCUGCAAAACAAACUAAGCACAUUAUUUACCAACCUCUCCAAAUACGACACCACCUUCCAAACUAACCUCUCCGCCCUCCACUCCCUCCUCUCCACCAUCCGCCCCGCUUCGUACGCUACCGAAAGCAAUCCCCUGCUCGACGUUCUCACAAAAGGCCUGACAGGGAUGCACGACGAACUCCAAAAGGCGUACGUGUCGGUGUAUGACAGUCAGCCGUGGCAGGCGGCGCACGAAAACAAAUACGCGAAAGUGUGUCUCACAAUUACAUCACAAGUGUUUGGUGAUUUACAUAGACUGAGAUUGUACUGUAAAUCCGAUGGGCAAUUUAAGAAAAUUAAUUCACAUAAUAAUAAUGUGUUCGGUGCAUUUUUCACACGCUGUGGUUACGAUGUUUCCAAUCACCAAAACGAGCAGAAUGGUGAACUGCGCAACACAAUUGAGUGCAAUGGUAACAAAAUUCAUGGCAAACUGACUGGCCAGCUAACCACACAAAAUCGUGAACAGUUUUUCCUAAUUAGAGAUGAGGACGAUAAAACCAACGAAAAGGAUUACAGCAUCCUCAAACAGCUCGUCGAACAUCUCCACCGUUACCGCCGUGUUUCCCAUCUCACACUUCCACAGUCACCCAAAACUCCGACCAGCAUCUAUGACAUCCUGCGUUGGCUUUCCGGGCUCCCGCACAGCGCUGUGUAUCCCAAGCUCAAAGACUACAUGAAGACACUGUUUCCUAAAACAGAGUCACAGAAAACUAUGCUUGAUUCUAAUAUUAAUCCCAGACAUCUAACACUCUCCUCCCAUCCAGAGGUAACGGCUGAAAAGCUCCACACUGAGUUAGAUAGAGUGUGCCGCCACGCAGAUAGGACAUUGGUUGCCAUACUCGGCACUGGGCACUCUAAUGGCAUCUACGCCUCAGACUUCUCGAACAACUCACACGGUUUCCUGUACUCCUCCAACACGAUAAGCUUGAUAUGCACCCUCUUCGAUUUCCUGAAACAUCUCUACCAGCAACUUCAUUUCUUGCUCGAACAGUGUAGACAUACAACUGCGUUGAGUGGUUGGUCCGACUGUUACUAUGGCAACGGCGUUGCUGGCUCCGGUUGGCAGUGCAACAGAAUGCGGUGUCCAAACCAAUCCUGUGACCAAGCAUUUAAGCAAGCAGUCAACCAAAGCAGUAACCAACGUGCCAACCAAACAGCUGACCAAAACACCAACCAAACGUGUGACCAGCACCCUAAGUGUGGCCUUAAGUCACCACUCCAAUCUUUCCUUGAGGAUGGUCUUCAGGGCUUUUUGCCUCAUAGUGUAUCAGUUAAAGGCACCGGCCUCACAUGUUCCACGUGUCCUAUGUCACGCGGAAUGCCGUGUAAGAUGCCAAUGGGUCUUCCCGAAAUAGCUGUUACCGCGUCUCACAUAAAGAGAGGGGAAGAUAUUGUUAGCGUGCUUGACAGAUUUUGUGGCAGAGAGACUUCUUGCCUCAGUGCACUCUGCAGUAUGCUGAAUUGCCUCCUUCCCAGUGCGCCGAAAUCUCUGGGUGAUAUGCUGUCAUUUUACUAUUGUUUCCUUGAUGAGUGGACCACAAAGACGGAGCAUAGGAAACAUGCACUUGAAGCGGCCGUUCGGAAUGCAAAUUUCAAGAAUCUUGAUACCAGUUUGGAUUUGUCGAAUAUGUUCAAAUCCAAAGGUCAUGCAAAAUAUGACAACACACCUACCGUUCCAACCUACGCCUUGUAUCACCAAAACGGAGACCUGUACAGUAUAAUGUGUCCAGACACCACAUGUUACACUGCCGGCACAAAUUGUGGAUCAUAUGUUUCCCCUAUAGUGCUGGAUACGUAUCGCAUAUUUUCAUCAAAAAACAAAGCAGCAUAUUUAUCGUGGAUCGUUUACCUCACCGAGACGUUCUAUGAUCUCUUACAGAAAUUAUUGAAGGACUGCGAAAGCAAUUGUUGUUCGCCGAAAUCCAAAUGUCGUAUUAGAGGUUGUCAUGAAGACUGCACCGUUUACACUGGUGCAAUCCUCACCGAUACGCCGUCACAUUGGCCUGAGUGCCAUUCCAUUCUCCAGUGUCGCAUGACACUUCCGACACUUUGUAGAUAUGGUUUCACGUAUGCCAAUAGGCGUCACCUUGCUGGCCACGACGGAAAGAGAGAUAUUGCGAAAAGAUCAUGCAAAGAUUUCGUAAAGCAAUUAGAGAUUGUUACUGGCGGUAAAUCAAUACUGUCGAAACUAAUCCACAAAACGAUUCCAGAAUUUCUCUGGAAAAUCAGAGAGCCAUUCUCCAUCACCUUAUUAGCCCUUUGGUCCCUCUCUUUGCUCUACCUGCUGCACAUCGCCGUCGUCCGCCUCGACGUGCUGAGAAUACGGUCACACCUGAGAUCACCCUCAAGCCACCGCAUCGCCGCGCAGUCGCUGCUCGCCGCCGCACGCGUCAGGGCACUCGCCAACGUCAAGUACUUCUCGCCAUAA